AUGUCUUUUGGAAAGGUCACUGUUGUAGGUAGCAAGCUCUCUGCUCUUCUCGGUGUGGAUGCUGGUCAGAUCAUCAAGAGACAAGAAGAAGAAGACCACAAAGAACGAAUGAAGAUGAAGAAAGGUUUUAACUCACAGAUGCGCAGUGAAGCCAAACGAUUACAGACCUUUCUGACCUAUGACACAUUCAGAUCAUGGACGCCACAGGAGCUGGCAGCCGCUGGGUUUUACUUUACCGGGGUGAAACUUGGGGUUCAGUGCUUCUGCUGUAGCCUAAUCCUCUUCUGCACCAGACUCAGGAAUCUUCCCAUAGAAAACCACAAGAGAUUGCGUCCUGAAUGUGAGUUCCUGUUGGGCAAAGACGUUGGUAACAUUGGCAAGUAUGAGGUAAGGGUGAAGAGUCCAGAGAAGCUGAGAGGUGGCAAAGCAAGGUACCAAGAGGAGGAGGCCAGACUGGAGUCCUUUGAGAGCUGGCCGUUUUACGCCCAUGGGACACCGCCACGUGUGCUCUCAGCAGCUGGCUUUGUCUUCACAGGUAACUGGGUUACAUCUUGGGAGGUGUUUCUGUGGACUUUAAAAUGUAGGCUCCAUAUUUUGUUAAUCAACCAUCAGUGGUCAGCUGUGUUAUAUUAG